AUGGCCUCAACAACUUCCACGAACGGCAACGGCCACCCCGCACCCGCCACCAAUGGCAGCAAUGGCACUUCCAACAUCCCCAGCUUCGCCGUCAAGGCCGGUCUAGCACAGAUGCUCAAGGGCGGUGUCAUCAUGGAUGUGACCAACGCCGAGCAAGCCCGCAUCGCCGAGGAGGCUGGAGCCUGCGCUGUCAUGGCCCUCGAGCGUGUGCCUGCCGAUAUCCGCCGCGAUGGCGGCGUCGCCCGCAUGUCCGACCCGGCCAUGAUCCGCGAGAUCAAGGCCGCCGUUACCAUCCCCGUCAUGGCCAAGGCGCGUAUCGGUCACUUUGUCGAAGCCCAGAUACUAGAGUCGCUCGAGGUCGACUACGUUGACGAGAGCGAGGUCCUGACACCCGCAGAUGAGAAAUACCAUAUUGAGAAGUCCGACUUCGCUGUCCCCUUUGUGUGCGGCUGCCGAAACCUCGGCGAGGCGCUAAGGAGGAUCGCCGAGGGCGCGGCCAUGAUCCGCACCAAGGGAGAGGCUGGCACGGGAGACGUCGUCCAGGCCGUGACCCACAUGCGCACUCUCAAGGCCGAUAUUGCAAGGGCAAAGGCUGCGCUAAACGAGGGUGGCAUGCCCGCGCUGCGGGCCAUUGCGCGAGAGCUUGAGUGCGACCCUGCGCUGUUGAAGCAAACUGUUGACCUGGGACGCCUCCCGGUAGUGAACUUUGCGGCCGGUGGAAUCGCCACGCCGGCCGACGCAGCGCUGAUGAUGCAGCUCGGCUGUGAUGGUGUUUUCGUCGGUAGCGGAAUCUUCAAGUCGGGUGACCCUGCCAAGCGCGCAAAGGCCAUAGUGCAGGCCACCACACACUUCCGUGACGCUAAGAUGCUUGCCGAGUAUAGCACCGGGCUGGGAGAGGCCAUGGUCGGGAUAAACUGCGAUAGCAUGCAGCAGUCGGAGAAGCUGGCGGUUCGAGGAUGGUAA